GCUCCCAUGGCGGGUUUGGAGUUGUUGUUUUCGUGCUGCGGCGACUCCAUCUCGUGUCCGCAGGACGCCGUCGUGUGUUUCGUCCACUGGGAGGUCGUCAAAAGCGGAUACAAGUGCCUCGGCUCCGGGGAUGAGGCCCGGAGCAGCGACAAGAAGUCUGAGCUGCUGCCGUCGGACUGGAGCAGCAACAAGGCGGAAUACGCCCUGAGGUACGCCUCGGACCAGGGAGACGUUCAGCUGCUGCUCAAAGCGCUGCUGGUGGACUCGGCGCUGGUCUUCAACCUCAUGAACCGCAGCACCCAGCAGAGCUCGGACGUGAUCGUCAACCUCAACCGGCACGUGGACGCCGCCCAUCUGGGCACCUUCGACAGGGUCUUCAAGGACGCCGGCGGCCUGGCGGCGGCGCUUCGGGCCGGACUCCUGCCGUCACGGGACAAACGGACGCAAGCGGAGCAAAGCGAGCGGACGCCGAGGCGGGACGACGUCGACGACGACCCCCUGAGGGUGCCCGACCGGCACCCGCGACACGCGGCGCAUCCGCACUGGCCCGAGCCGACGGCUCCGCCGCCGUUCUCCGUGGGAGGCGCCGAUUUGGACCCGUUGGGGUCCCCGUCGGGCGGCGGGAUGAUCGCGGACCCUCUGCGGAUGGGCUACCCUCGCUCCGGUUUCCACCCGUCCGGCGGCAUCCCGGACAUCCUGCCUCCCGGCGCGGUGCCGCCCGGCGCCCGCUUUGACCCGUUCGGCCCCGUGGGACGGCACCGACCCGGGCCCGACCCGGACCACAUGCCCCCGCCGGGCUACGACGACAUGUUCAUGUAGCCGCUUCCUGUGUGUUUUGGUGUCGAUCGCUCAAGAAACGUGUCAAAGAAGAAAACCCCCCCAAGAUGACGUGGGCAGUUUCCAUGGCAACCACCACCAAGUUGGAUCCCUUUUGACUCCGCCCCUUCACACAAGGCGAGCAACAGCAAAUGUCAACUUUAGCAUUUUUACUUCUUCUUCAUCCUCAUGAGCUCAUUUGAUCAUAAACAACAAACAAAAAUGACUUACAAGUGUGUGAAUGUUGUGUAUGCUAGCCUGCUAGCAUUAGCUUCUCGGCAACACAAAAAAUCCAAAAUAAAAGUUUUCCUCAGUCUUC